ACUGACGUUUGACGUUUGAGUCUGCGAUGACAAUAAAGAGAAAAUAUGUACGAGUUUUCAGAUUAAUGAAUUGCCUUCGCGAUCACGAUUUAAUAUUUUACUUACAUUGAAUGAUAUAUCAGAACCGGGACAUGUUUAAUAUUUUUUAAUACGAUAACAAAUCGUUUUAUACAUACGUUUUAAACUUAUAUGUUUUUAACCUAUAAUAUACAUACUUUUUGUGUAUUUAAUUGCGUAUUAUUAGUAAAAUGUCAUCUUCUCAUACGACAGAAUUGACUGAACAAUUAGUUAAAGAUUAUGCGAAUUAUGCCAAAGUGGAUUGGGACAAUCAGAUGAAAAAUUUCCGUGACAUUGUUGAAGAUACAUUGAUUCGACUAGAGGAGUUUCAAUCAAUUGUUACAAUGGUGGAGAAUGGCAGUACAGAGUGCAUACAGCAGCAUCUCCCAAAAUUGCAACACAUGAAAGAUGGUAUGGCGAGUCUUUGUAAAAGAAUAGAUGCAUUGGAACAUGUCGUCGCAAUGGCCAAUAUAAAUUUAAGUUCGUUAGAAGCUGCUGUAGACAAAGCAGAAGCUGAAUUAGGCGUAUCAGAUAGAUUAUUUGGGAUACUAAACCCUUUAUCAUUCUUUAAAAAAACAACUCAAGAACCUGUAGUGUCAAAUGCAACACCAAUGUAUAAAUCACCAGUAAUUUACAGGUCUGAUGACUAUUUUCAAAGAGAAUAAAAUACAUGUACAUAUGAAUAGAAAGUUUGAGAAUCAUAUAUAAUAUAUCU